ACACACACACGCACUUCAUCCCCUUUUAAGGUCAUAAUAUCCUAUCCUUUCGUCUCUCUCUUUCUCCCUCUCUCUCUCAUCCCUUUCGCUGUUAAGACAAAAACAGUGGGAUUCGUCUCCUCCCACCAUAUACUCUCUCCCUCUCCCACUGUCUGUCUCUGUGCUUAAACUUCAUUAAUUCCCCACACCCCACCACCUCCAUCUUCAUCUCCUCCCUCCAUUACCAGAAACCCUAGAAUUUCACCUACCUACAUCAACUUCAGAUCCCUGUCUCUCUCUCACAUUCACACACACACACACCCCCAAGCACAAGCACAAACACAAACCAUGCCUUUUGUCUAUUCCGCUUCAUAACCUGCCCCUUUCCCUUCACUUAACUCCAUAUCCCCAACUCGAUCUCAACAACCAAAACCUAUCUCUCCCAGAUCCCCCCCGCCUUUCCCUCUCUAGAACUCCUCUCUUUCUUUACAUUUGUAUACACGUACAGAUGUCGUCUUUUAAGGCAGAUCUAACCACCAAAAUCUACCCAGAACCCAACACUUAUCCAUCAGGAAUCGACCAUUUUGACUAUUUGCCCGAUUCUCUCCUCCUACUAGUCUUCAACAAGAUCGGCGACGUCAAGGCCUUAGGCCGUUGCUGCGUAGUUUCGAAGCGGUUCCACUCUUUGGUACCUCAGGUCGAAAACAUCGUUGUUCGUGUAGACUGCGUGAUGUCCGACGAAUCGUCCUCCUCCUCUGCGGCCACCUCCUCCGACAAGUCCCGAUCCCCUUUUUCCUCUCUCUUCCGCUUGUUCUUCUCAGGCAUCUCCAAGCCCCUCCAAUACCUCACCCAAUUCCUGGGUCCAAAAAGAUCAGUAGGCCCAGCUUCAUCUUCAUCUUCCCUCUCCAUUGACGAGGAUGAUCUUGAUCAGAAUGGAGUGACCCAUCAUUCCCCAACUCAAGUUCUCAAGAAUUUCAAUGAAAUUCGUCUCCUCCGAAUUGAAUUACCCAGUGGGGAACUUGGAAUCGACCAAGGUGUUCUGUUAAAAUGGAGGGCUGAUUUCGGUUCCACCCUCGAUAAUUGCGUGAUUCUCGGUGCUUCCUCUGUGAUUCUCCCCGUACCCAGUAAGAUUUUACUCUCUGGAGAAACAAAUAGAGAUGAUUUUCGCAUGAACAAUGGUGGAGGAAAUGGGAAUGGAAAUGGAAACGAAGAUAAUGGAAGCAUACCCGAAUCGUUUAACACAAAUGGUGGAUUGAAAUUGCGAGUGGUUUGGACUAUUAGCUCAUUGAUCGCAGCUUCGGCUAGGCAUUAUCUGUUACAGCCAAUUAUAGGGGAGCAUAAGACAUUGGAUAGCUUGGUUUUGACUGAUACUGACGGGCAAGGGGUGUUGUGUAUGAACAGGGCACAACUGGAGGAGCUGAGAGUGAAACCACUGUCGGCUUCUUCGGCCUCGAAGAGGACUUUGGUGCCGGCGUUGAAUAUGAGGCUGUGGUAUGCACCCCAUUUGGAGCUGCCCGAUGGGACUGUGUUGAAGGGGGCGACUCUGGUGGCGAUUAGGCCGAGUGAGCAGGCACAGGUGGCUGUGAAGAAGGAGGUGGGUUCUGAUGGGUCUUGGGUUUCAGCUGGUUUUGAGGAGCCAUUUGGGACCGCGGCGAGGAUGUUGGUGAAGAGGAGGACUUAUUGCCUUGAGAUGAACUCAUUCUGAGAGCCAAUGCAUAGAUAAGCUGUUAAGGGAAAACACAGCUUCUUGAGGAAAGGGGGAUUCCUGUAUUCUGGAGGCAGAGAAAAAAUACAAUUUUGUUUUGCAUGUAGCUGAAUUUGAAUGCAGUCUUGUUCUGAGCUGAACUUCCUGCAAGAGUUAGAAUGUCAUCCUGUAUCUGUAAACCACUUUCAGUGCUUUAAUUUAACUAAUGGAUGAUAUGCAUCUGCUUUCAUUAUUACGUGCUUUUAGAAGCCCCCACAGUCUUUUAGAUUGAUGUUGUAAGAGCUUUGUGCCUUUGAGUUUGUAGUCAUCUGUAUCUCUUAGUCCUUGUCUCUAUG